CAAGUAUUUUUUAAUUCAUUGUAUGUUUGUGCAUGUGUUUGAUACAUUAGGUGUGUCAGCUUCUGACACACAUCUCUCUCUCUCCUUAUUUCCUCGUCUUUUCUCUCUCUUCUGUGUUAUGUCAUUCAUGGAUUAAACCAGGCAAUCUUUUAUUCUCAUUUUUUUACCCUUUUUCCUGUUUCCUGCAAAAUUUCAGCAACCCCUUCUCAAGCUUUGUUUUUUCUCUAUCUACUUCCUUAAAAGGUCACCUUUUUUAAAGUAUUGCUGGUGGUGGGUUGAGUUGUAUUAUGUGACUUCAAAACCAAUCCAAAGUUUUUCAGAUUUUCACUUCUUUUCCAUUCCCAUUUUGGGUUUUUGUAAAGUAAAAUAGUUUGUUAGUUGAUAUUGGAGAGGGGGGGGGGGAUUCUCUAUAAACUGCCAAAGGCCCUUCCAUCAUUUAUUAGUUUGGUCCUUUUCUUAUCUGGGUUUGGUGGAAUUUUUAGCACAUUUUUGCUCCAUUAUUGUCGUUACUAGUUACUACUAAUUAUUGAAUACAUCUCAUUUGCUUAAAAUUGGUCUAUUAUUAAUGUGUUUUUUUGUUAAUAAAUCUCUUCUGGGUUGUUGUCUAACCUGAUGUUUUCCUUCUCUUUAUUUGUUAAACUAAUAUUAAAGAUCCCAAAAAGCUGCAGCAAAGCAACCACACUCAUCUGAAUCUUAUACAAUUUAUUUCUCUCUUUGAAUCUUAAGCCGUUUUAUGGUAGCAAAGCAUAAUCCCCAUUCUUCAAUCUAUAUGUGUUGACAAAUGUCUUGUCCUUGAUUCUUGAUUCCUUGUUUCACGUUGGGUUUUUCUCAAUCUGGGUAUUGACCAAAAUUCUUUAUUUUUCAGUUUCUUUCAUUCAAGGUCUCUGUUAUUCUCUCAUAUAGAAUCUUUGAGUUUCUUUGUCUGGGGUUUUUGUUGUAAGAGUAAUGCAAAUUGGAGGAACCCAAAAUGGCAAAUCUUGUUCCCGGGGUUCUUUUGAAGCUUUUACAGCAUAUGAACACAGAUGUGAAGGUUGCUGGUGAGCACAGGUCAUCUCUAUUGCAAGUAGUGAGUAUAGUUCCUGCACUAGCAGGAGGUGAGCUAUUCCCUAACCAAGGCUUUUACCUUAAGGUUUCAGAUUCAUCUCAUGCUACAUAUGUAUCACUCCCUGAUGAACAUGAUGAUUUAAUUCUUAGUGAUAAGAUCCAAUUAGGUCAGUUUAUUCAUGUUGACCGGUUAGAAUCUGCUUCACCGGUUCCCAUUCUUCAUGGGGUUAGGCCGGUCCCUGGGCGACACCCUUGUGUAGGGAGCCCUGAGGACAUUGUUGCAACUCAUUCUCUUGGAUUCCUUAAUAAUGGUAGUAAAAGUGCCUUGGGUUCAAAACCUGGAGAGAAAGUGAAGUCACCAUCAAAAGCAGUGUUAGGUAGUGGUCAUAAUGGGGAGAAAGACAAAUCUGUUGGGAGUAGAUCAAAUGGUGGUGCAAAGGAGGAUCAAUUGGAUAAGAAAAUUGCUUCUUUGACUAGAUCAAAGUCUCAGUCGACUAAACCAGCAUUGAGUUUGGAUAUGAAGAAGGAAUCUCUGGGGAAAUUGAAGGCACUGAAUUCGCGGUCAAUUCCUUCUUCCCCCACAAGUUGUUACUCAUUGCCAACUUCUUUCGAGAAGUUUGCCACUGGGAUUAAGCAACAGGCAGAAAUAAAAGGGCUGAGGAAGGGAAGUCCCAAGGUGGGAUCGGUGGAGAAGGCAAGUUCUUUUCAUGGGGUGAGUCCAACUGGGAAAAAAGUACCUGUAAUUAAAACUUUGGUUCAAGGGAUUGAGCUAGGGGCCAAGGCUUUGAGAAAGAGCUGGGAAGGGAAUAUGGAAGUGAAGGGUAGGGACCAUUCUAAACUUAGGGCUACCAAGCAUGAUGCCAAGCGAGAAUCUCGGAGCACUUCUGCUCCUAGAAAGAGCACAUCAAGUGAAAAGUUGCCAUCCAAGGAGGAGACCAAGCUCCAGACAUCUACCAGGUCAUUAAAAGAAGAGAGUAAAUCUCAGGUGUCAACUAAGAAAGUCACAGCAAACGGAAUGUUGGAUGACCAAGAGAAACUGAAUAAGCCAAGAACUUAUGUUGGGAAGAAAUCUGGAGAAGUAACUACUAAUGGUGGCCUUGGGAACUUGGUUAAGGUUCCGAUAAAUAGUAAAAGAUUGACAGAUGGAAGUGUUUCAUGGGGUUCACUCCCCUCUUCUCUUACAAGGCUUGGAAAGGAGGUCAUGAAACACAGGGAUGCAGCACAAACAGCAGCAAUAGAAGCUUUACAAGAGGCUGCUGCUUCAGAGAGCUUACUUCGAUGUUUAAGCUUAUAUUCUGAUCUUACUACCUCUGCCAAGGAAGACAACCCUCAACCUGCAGUGGAUCGGUUCUUGACCCUCCAUGCAAGCUUGAAUAAUACUCGCAUGAUUGCAGAUUCUUUAUCAAAAACUGUUCAAAUUGGUUCAUCUCCAGAAUCUGAAGGGAACCCAUCAGAAGAGGCAGUAAAGGUCACAUCGGAUAGACGGAAAUAUGCGGUUUCAUGGGUGCAAGCUGCAUUGGCUACCAAUCUAUCAUCCUUCUCUGUAUUUACCAAAGAACAUAAUUCGAUGCUGAGUCAUGCUUCAGCUUCUGCACAAAGCCUGAAGACUACCCCUGCCAAUCAAAACAUAUUAAUUCUAGAAAAUUCUGCUAAGAAUGCUUCUGCAAAAGCCCAAGGGAAAACCCGUCCGGUAGUCGGCUCCAAGCUUGUAGCACAGGGUAUUCUUCGCAAACCAGGGGAUGGUUCAGGCCCUGGUCCAAAAGCACAGGUCCAACCACCACCUGAAAUAUGGACAAGGGGAAAUGGCCUUGAUGAGGCUGUUGACUUGGCUGAAAUGCUGCGAAUGGAAUCCCAGGAUUGGUUCUUAGGAUUUGUGGAGAGAUUCUUAGAUGCCGAUGUGGACACAUCUGCUUUAUCAGACAAUGGUCAAAUAGCUGGGAUGCUGACACAGCUCAAGAGUGUCAAUGACUGGUUAGAUGAAAUUAGUUCAAACAAAGAUGAAGAAGAGAUGCCACACGUUUCAUCAGAGACAAUCGAUCGGCUAAGGAAGAAAAUAUACGAGUAUCUUCUUACACAUGUUGAAUCUGCUGCAGCUGCUCUAGGUGGUGGAUCACAGCCAUCACCACCCAUCCGAGCAGUUGAAUCAAAAGCCAAAAAGUGACUCAGGCAAGUCCACAUGACUGCAGUGUUGAUUCACAGCAGUUAGGCCCCUCAUUUAUCAUUAUCAUGUAUAUAAAUCCUACAUGGGUUUUGAGGUAUAGAUGCAGUAAAUCAUAUCAAAGAAAUGCGUUUGAUGCAAAGUGCAGGUGUUUUUCUUUUUUUUUCUCCUUGGAAUAAACAGAAAAAAAGAAAAAAAAGAGAUGACUUUGGUAUUUGUUGUCUGAAAUUACUAUACAAAUGAUAACAGUGUGAAAGAGUUGGGAACCUGAAUAUGUAUCUUUGAAAAUUCAUUUGAGAAUCGGGAAAGUAUUCCAUAAAACUCAGUUCCCAUGGCAGUGAAAUACUGGUUUUUCAUUUUCAGUUGAUGGGCAUUGCAUUGUAGAUGGUAUAAUUAGAUACCAUG